AUGGUUCUUCCCGAGCAAGUCCCCGACAAAUCGCGCGCUCAAGUUGCGAGCGGCGCGCUCGAUUGGCCGGUGUACGCUUGCAUCACGGAGGUGGCUCGUGCGCGACGCGGUCGCAAGGUGCUCACGCUCACGACCCGCCCGGCGGAUGGCUCGCCCGAGAUCUCGUUCACGAUGCUGAAGGACGAGUGCAUCUUCGCGUGCGCAUCGGCGCAAGAGGCCCGCUCGAACAUAGGCGCUCUGCUGCGUCGGUUUGUCAUCUUCCGCCUCCACGGCUCGGCGACGGCGGGACAAGUCGUGGCGGUGCGCUGGUCGAACAAGUCGCUCACGGUAGCCAACGCCGGAGGCACGUACGACGUCGGGGCGGACGAGGUGCAGCAGUGCCACCCAAUUGGCGCCUCGGCCUUGUGGGGAAUGGAGGUCGAGCUCGGCGACGGUGCCAUGGCGACGCGGCGCUUCACCGCCACCGCGCUUUUGCUCGAGACCAUGCGCCGCCGAGUGGAAGACCCGGUGAACGGAUCGCGCAAAUUUGAGGUCGUCUUCCGAGGCACCGCCGACGACGCGAUGCCCACCGCAGACACUCGGCUUGAGAUCCGCGCGCCAGCGACCGGCGCACGCACGUCUAUCUCCGUCCAGCAUGUCGUCGACUUUUUCUUUUCGCCGUGGAAGGACGCGUGCGGCCGGGUGACGUGGCCGUCGGCGAGACGUUCUGGCGCGACCCGCGCUACGCUGAGGCGGUCGGCGGUGAGGAUCUGGAAGGAGAAGUGGUCGUGCGACCACCACAGCUGGAGCCUAACAUCGGUGCCGCGCCGCGUCCAGAAGGCGAGUUCUGGGCGCAAGGACAUGGCACUCCUCCACCACGGUUGGAUGAAGGGCCUUAAGUCGGACGCCCACGGCAUUGCAACAGGCGCGCACCUCCCGGGCCCGGACGCCGCAGCGGCGGCGGCUAUUGCCCGUCAGAUGGUCCAGGCUGCGGAAGAAGCUCGAAACAAACGCCAACGCAUGGACUUCGAGCUCAACCCGACGGCACUCGGUAUCCACUACAUCACAGCCAGCGCGCGCACGGCUGGCUGGUCGCUGUUAAAGUACAUGGACAAAAUCCGCACGGACCCGACACUCCCCUUCUACAAGCACCCAGAAGUGUUGCGGGCCCUGUACAGCUUCGAUUUUGGCAGCGGCCGCCUGUCUCUUUCGCAUCUGCAACGCCGGACGCAAAGCCAAAUCGACACUUGGACGCACACCCACAUGGACCUGACAGCCGCCAAACCGACGGGUCGAACAACACCGGUCCACGCCUUGUCGCCGGAUGCCUUGGUCGGGGCUUUGGACACGCUCUCGAUCUACACAGAGAGCUACUGCGCGCCGGUGGUGCAGCAGUUCGUCGCCAAGGCAGGGUGUCUGCUCCGUCACAUGGUGCGAGAAGGCGAGGUCACAGCCCACACCGGUUACGUGGCUCGGUGGUUGGACUGGGCGUUAGCGUGCUUCCGCAUGGACAUGGCGCACGACGUCGAGAGCGACGCGGCCAUCCUCACGCACUGGUCCUCGCACGAAAACCUUUCCUGGAGCUCUCCGAUGCUCGCGUCCUUGGCCCGCACGGCACGAAAUGACUGCAUCCGCCAGCUCAUGGACAGCCAAGCUGCACUGCAGCGCAGCCGCGACGCUCGGCAAGGAACCGGCGGCUCUCACGACGCUGCGAAGCGGCGCAGUUCAAGGGCGCCGCCGCGGAUCUGA